AUGAAGUUCCUCUCACUUCUGCUCGUCCCGGCCCUCGCAGCGGCCCAGGAUAUCACAAUCUCCAAAGUACAAUACUCGGGCAAUGGGUGCCCUCAAGGAACCGUCUCAACGUCGAUCUCUAGUGACAAGACCGUCGUCACCCUGGGCUUCGAUGGCUUCCAAACAUACAUCGGACCCGGCACGUCUAUCAAGGAUCGUACCAAGAACUGCCAAAUCCACCUGACCCUCAGCUACCCAGCCGGCUACUCCUUCGCCGUCGUCGACAGCACCUACCACGGAUACGCCCAGCUCGAGGCGGGCGUCACCGGCACUUUCUUCAGCCAGUACUACUUCAGCUCGGACGCAUCCAACACAUGCACCACGCAGUCCUCGAUCGCCGGCGGCGGGGUAUGGGCCGACGGCCAGGUCUACACCAAGCAGGAUGUGGUACCGACGCCCAACUACGUCAAGAGCAAAUGUGGCCAGACCGAGAUCCUCAAUGUCAACAACCGCGUUGCGCUCAGCUCUACCGAUACCAAUGCCUUUGGACAGCUUACUGACGACGAUGCUACCGUUGAUGUGAGCCAGCAGGUUCAUAUUGCUUGGUUCAAGUGCUGA